AUGGAGAAUUUGGAUAUAGAAAGAUGGAAAUUAUAUGAAUUAUCAAUAAUAUUAAAUAAUUUUAAUAUAAAAGUACCACAAAUAACAAAAUCUGUAAUAAAUUCGUUUGGUAAAAUUUUAGAUAUUUUUGAUUAUAAUUUUAAACUUAAAAAUCCAAAAUUUAUUAAUCAAAUUGAAAAUAAUAAUUUAUUCGGAAAUUUAGAAAAUAAUAAUUUACUCGGAAAUUUAGAAAAUAAUAAUUUACUCAGAAAUGGAUUAGUAAAUGGAUUGGAGAAUGGAUUAGAGAAUGGAUUAGAGAAUGGAUUAGUAAAUGGAUUGGAGAAUGGAUUAGUAAAUUUGGAAAAUGGUGAUUUACUGGGAAAUAUGGAAAAUAUAUUACCAAUUAAUAUAGAAUUUUUAUCUAAAAAUACUAAAAUACAAUAUAACAAUUAUUUAACCAAUUUAAAUAAAUAUAAUAAACUAAUAGAAAAUAAGAUUGGUAAUGGGAGUGGGAGUGGGAGUGGUAAUGAGGGGGGAAAUGGGAAUGAGAAAGGGAAUGAGGGGGAAAAUGGGAAUCAGUUGGAAAAUGAGACUAGGAAUGAGAAUUUGAAUGAGAAUAAAAAUUUAUGUUUAAAUUGUUUUAUAAAAUUUGGUAUAAAUUAUUGUAAUAAAUGUUUUAAAUAUUUUUGUAAUCAAUGUUUUAUAAAACAUUCUCCCGUUACGGUGCUUGGUCCAACAGACAGUAAUUGUGCUAGUACUGGAAAAGAUGAUAAUAAUAGUACUAAUAAUAAUCCUUUAACUAAUACUGAUACCACAGGUACCACAGGUCCAACCACCAGUACUAAGGAUCCUACUGGUGCUAAGGAUACCAUUGGACCAAGCACCGUAACUAAGGGAAAGGGAGCUAAUUUUACCCUUAUGGAGUGUACCCCUCGAAAGGGAGCUAAUUUUACCCUUAUGGAAUGCACCCCUCGAAAGGGAGCUAAUUUUACCCUUAUGGAAUGUACUACUACUAAUCCACUCUAUACUAAUCCUCUAACUACUACUAUAACUACUACCAAUCCUCCUAUUACAGGACUUGAAGUAAUGUUAUAUAAUGAAAUUAAAACAUUUCCAUAUGAAUUAUGUAAUAAACAUCCUAAUUCUCCUAAUACUCCCGUUAAUCCUAAUUCUUCCCUUAAUCCCCUUAAUCCUAAUACUACCCUUUCUCCCCUUAAUCCUGUCAAUCCAAUCAAUCCUGUUAAGAAUGAGUUAGAAAAAAGAUUAGUAUGUAUAACAUGUGAUUUUAAAUUAAUAUGUGAGAAAUGUAGAUUAGAACAUAGAAAUCAUAAGAUAAUAAUAAUAGAAAUGGGAAUAAUAGAAAUAAAAGAAUAUAUAAAUGAUUGUAUAGGAAUAUUAUUAGAGAAGAAAAAUUCAUAUAUUCCAAUAAAAUUAGAAUUAAGACAAAUAAAAUUAAAUGAAAAUAAUAGAAUAAAUAAUAUAAUACAAUCAAUAAAUGAUAUAUUACGUAAUAAAAUAUAUAUAAUAGAAAAUGAAAUAAAAAUAUUACAACAACUUUGUACAAAUCAAUUAAAUUAUUUAUUAAAUUUAAGUAAUAAAUUUAAUAAUUAUUUAAUUAAAAAGUUAUUAAGAUUAAAAAAUUUUUUACAAAUUAAUGAUCCAGGAUUACAAUUAAAUAUUUUUAUAGAAAUUAAAAAUGAUUAUGAAAGUUUAUUAUAUUUUUCACAAGAUUUAAAUGAUUUAAUACUUGAUAUACCACAUUGGCAAUUAAAUGUUAAUAAUAUCAAUAAUUUAUUAAAUGAUUUAAAUUUUAGAAUUAAUAAUAAUUUAGAAGAAUUUUUUACAUUAUUUCAAUUUUUCAUUAAUAUAAUUAAUGAAACUAGAGAGUUUAUUUUGAGCGUUACUUCCGUUACGGUGCUUGGUCAAGCAGAAAGUAAUGGACCUAAGGUUAGUAGUAGUAAGGGUAUUAAGGGAGUUGGUGAGGAUAUUGGUACCAUUGGAGCAAGCACCGUAACGGAGGAAAAUAAUAGUACCAAAAUUGCUGCUACGGGAAAGGGAGCUAAUUUUACCCUUAUGGAGUGUACCUCCGGAAAGGGAGCUAAUUUUAUGGGUAUGGAAUGUACUAUGGGUAUUAAGGAUACUAAGGGAGUUGGUGUGGAUACUAAGUUAGCCCCUUUUGGGGUUGGUGGAAAGGGAGCUAAGUUAGCCCCUUUUGGGGUUGUUGGCCGUGGACCAGUCACCGUAACGGAGGAAAUAAUAUAUAAUGGAGAAUUAAGAGGAAUAUUUUGGAGAAAAGAUUAUAUACAUAGAAUCAUAUGUAAAAGAGCUAUAAUAUUAUAUAAUAAUAAAUUAUAUAUCUUUAAUAAUGAUAAUCCAUUUAAUUCCGUUACGGUGUCAGGUACACCAAACAGUACUUCUCCUAACAGAUCUACUGGUAUUAGUACCAUAGGACCAAGCACCGUAACUCAGGGAAAGAGAGCUAAUAACACUUUUAGUACUACUGGAAAGGGUACCAUUGGAGCAAGCACCGUUACGGAGGGAAAGGGAGCUAUAGGUAGUAGGUUCGAAUCCCAGUCCAGUAAUAUUACUGGCCGUGGACCAGACACCGUAAUGGAAGAAAUCGAAUCAAUAAUAGAAUUAAAAUCAGUAAUAUUAAGAACAUAUGAUGAUGAAAAUUUAUCAGAUUUUUCCAAAUUAAUACGUAUAAGAAUGCCAAAUGGAUUUGAGUUAAUAGAAAAAAAUGGAAAAGAAACAAGAAUCUGGUCAUUUACAAAUGAAUCCAAAAAUUUAAUAUUAUUAUGGAUCUCUAAACUUAAAUUAUUAACUAAAAAUAAUUUUACUAAUAAUAAUUUUAAUAAUAAUAAUUUGAGUAUUGGGAAAGAUUUUAAUUUACCAAUACCACCAAUAAAUAAAGUUAAUUCUCCCGUAACGGUGUCAGGUACUACGGGAAAGGGAGAUAAUUCUAUGGUUACAGAGUGUACUAUGGGAAAGGGAGCUAAUUCUAUGGGUACAGAGUGUACUACGGGAAAGGGAGCUAAUGAUAGUACUCCAAAGGGAGCUGUUGGUACAGUUGGAGCAAGCACAGUAACGAAUGAUUUUAAAAAUAUAUCAAUAGAAUUAAAAAAAAUAAAAGAAAAUUCUACAUUAUUAUAUGAUAAAUGUUUUAAUAAAUUUAAUUCCCCCGUUACGGUGUCAGGUCCACCAGAAAGUACUACUACUAAUAUUACUUCUCCUAAUAGACUUACUAAUAGUACUAAUAGUACUACUAAGGAAGCCCCUUUCGGGGCUGGUAAUGAGGAUUCUUCUCUUGGUGGACCUGUCACCGUUAUGGAAGACCCCGUAACGGAAGAAAUCGAAUUAUCAGUUGGACGUUAUAAAUUACCAAAUCCUAAACACCAAAAAUUAAAUAAUAAUUUAAAAAAAGAAAAAUUAAAUAAUAAUUUAAAAAAAGAAAAUUUAAAUAAUAAUUUAAAAAAUACAAAAUUAAUAGAAAAUGAUUUUUACCCACAAAUCAUAUCACCAAAAUCUAUACAUCAAUUCUUUCAAUCCAAAUAUUAUUAA